AUGUUCACUUCUAAGCCUGCUUUCAGAAUAAAUAACAAAAUCUCCAAAUCACAUAGAAACCCAGUUGUCUCUAAAAAGAUAAAAGAAAGACGUAUUACUAAACAUGUGAAACCAAAUUGUUUUAAUGUUAUUCGACCAUUGAAGAAGGACAUUCAAAUUCCAAUACCUUCUUCUCGAUUUUUAAAGAAGAUCCAAAUACAUAGGAUAGCAUCUGGAAACCAACAUAUUCAAUGUCGCCAGCUCAAUAAGACAUCCAUAAAAUCUACAAAGAAAUAUCUGAACUCUUUCAUGGCGUUUAGAGCCUACUACUCUCAGUUUGGCUCUGGUGUCAAACAAAAUAUCUUGUCUUCUUUGCUUUCUGAAGAAUGGCACGCGGACAAAACGCAGCACGGAAUAUGGGACUACUUCGCGCAACAGUAUAAUUUUAUAAACCCUGGUUUUGGUUUUGUAGAGUGGUUGACGAAUAAUUAUGCUGAAGUACGUGGUGACGGAUAUUGGGAAGAUGUGUUUGUACAUUUGGCCUUAUAG